CAAUAUUGGAGUAUAGUACUUGUCACUCAUUUUUCCAUCUAAAUAUCACAUUUGUAUGGUUUUUGAUUGGAGCUAGCACAGAAGAAAGAAGCUAUAGACCCAUUUAUUUUUAUCUAAAGUGCUAAAAUAACACGUGAUUAAAUUCCAUCACAGACCUUUGUAUAUAUAAACAACCAAUUAACCAACCACCUUAAAUUUCCUUCAAUCUAUAAAGCAUCCUAUUCUGUUUUCCUCAGUUGAAUUUAAAGUUAAAAACAAGCAUGGAGAAUAUUGAUGAAGAGUACAAACAUUACUGGGAGACCAACAUGUUCCUCCAAACCCAAGAGCAUCUUGAUAGUGGCAGCAGCUGGGGAUUGGAUGAGGCGUUUUCAGGAUACUACGAUUCAAGCUCCCCAGAUGGUGGAGCUUCAUCUAAGAACAUUGUUUCUGAGAGAAAUAGAAGGAACAAACUCAAUCAAAGACUCUUUGCACUUAGAGCAGUGGUCCCCAACAUUAGCAAGAUGGAUAAGGCUUCAAUAGUUAAGGAUGCAAUUGAGUACAUACAACACUUGCAUGAACAAGAGAAGAAUCUUGAAGCUGAGAUAAUGGAACUUCAAACUGGGAUGCCAAAUAAUAAUAUUACUCAAAAUUAUGAUUUCGAUCAAGAGCUUCCAGUGUUGCUGAGGUCGAAGAAGAAGAGAACAGAUGAAUUGUAUGAUUCUGUCAGUUCAACAAACUCUCCAAUUCAGCUUCUUGAGCUUAGGGUUACAUAUAUGGGAGAGAAUACAAUAGUUGUGAGCUUGACAUGUAGCAAAAGGACAGACACAAUGGUUAAAUUAUGUGAAGUGUUUGAAUCUUUAAACCUUAAAAUUAUCACUGCCAAUAUCACUUGUUUUUCUGGCACACUUUUGAAGACAGUCUUCAUUCAGGCAAAUGAGGAUGAUAAAGAUCUAUUGCAGAUAAAGAUCCAAACAGCCAUUGCAUCUCUAAAUGAUCCUCCAAGUCCUAUGAGCAUCUAAUGAAGUGCAUAUAUAUAGUAUUUAUCAUUUUUAAGCCGUUAGUAUAGAAGUGUAGAGUUGAAGAACCUUGGCUUUUUUAUUAGAGUUCCUAAUUAUUGUGUUAUUUACUACUUAAUUUCUUGCCCUAUUUCUACUUCCUACUCAAAUUUCCAAUUAUUGAGGAGCUUUGUGGUCUUGAAAAGUGUAUCUUUGAUUGAAUAUCAUAUAAAAUGUUAUUGUAAAUGUAGAGUGGAGAGACAUGUUAUUGUAAAUGUGGAGUGAAGAGGUUCAAGGUGUAGUUGGAACAUGAUACACCUGAAUCGCACAAUUGCAAUAGAAACUUAUUUGAAAACCUUUAA